AUGGCUUCGUCGAGAAAAAUCAAGUCGGAUAUUCUAACAAAUGAAUCUGAAGAGCUUCGAAUAAUUCUUCUCGGAAAGACUCGCUCAGGUAAAAGUGCUCUCGGUAACACUUUGAUGGGAGAUGAAAAAGCGUUCGUCUCGCGCUCUAGUCCAGCGUCAGUUACAAAGAAUUGCUUUAAGAAAGAAAGGGAGGUGGAUGGGAAAAUAAUCAGCAUCGUAGAUACUCCUGGUUUCUUUGAUACACAACUAUCACCAGUGCAGGUGAGUGAAGAGAUAACGAAAUCGCUUGCUAGUACCUUACCAGGUCCGCACGCCUUUUUGAUUGUAUUACCAUGUGGAGUCGGAAUGACUGGUGAAGAACAACAAACUUUAUUGCAAAUUGGUAAAAUAUUCAAAAACUAUUUUAAGUAUAGCAUCAUUGUGUUUACCAAAAUUGAUUCACUGGAUGAGGGGACCGAUAUGAAGCAGUAUUACGAGGAAAGCAAUGAACUGAAAAAACUCAUUGACGAUUGUGGUGGUCGUUGGUAUGCGGUAAACAACAAAGACAAAACUCCUCAAAACAGAUUAAAGGUCACGAAGGAUUUAAUCAGCAUGAUCGAGAAAAUGGUAGAAAAAAAUGGCGGCAAACCAUACGGUGCCCCAGUCGUUGAAGUAGUUGCCGGUUCCUUUAAAAAAGACACGAACAGUAGAUUCAAGAUACUGGAUGGUGAUGGUACCAUCAACGUGCCCAAAGACGCAUCUGAUGCUGUUCUCAAUUAUAUCAAAGCAGAGACAGCUUCAUAA